UUUAACAGCACUCGACACCCAUUGUUAUAUUUUGCCACAAUAUCAUACACGUUAUCAAAAAAUGAUACAUGAAAAUUCUUUAAGAUUUCUUUGAUGGUACAUUUUAAUAAGGAUAUGAGAUGUCUCGCUGUGCGGUGUGUGGUGGGGUAUACCCUACUCGCACUAGGAUUGGGGGUCAGCAUCAGGAGCGCCGAAACUGAUGAGCACUGCCCACCCAUAUCAGCUCCCGCCAGUGGGCGGAUGGUUGGAAAAGAUGCUGACAAAAUGUACGGCAUGGUUUUCUUUGAGUGUAAGGAUGGUUAUAAGUUAAUUGGCACACCAGUAAGGGUCUGUCAGAUUGACCGAACAUGGACUGGUUCACAACCUAUAUGCAAACCUGAUCGCGAUGCGAAACCAGCAGGAAUCAAAAAAAAGAAUGAGCCAAAAACCUGUCAACCGAGCCUGAAAGAUCCAGAACACGGCAAAGUAAACGGCCCUCGAGCACCAACAGCUGGUGCCAAAGCAGAGUUCUCAUGCGGGGAUGGCUUUGAGCUUGAUGGGCAAGACGUUAUAGAAUGCGGAGAGAACGGCAAAUGGAAAGAUGCUUUUCCAACAUGUAAACCGGUCGAGUGCAGGAAACUGCGUCCACCAGAUGCCGGUGAUAUUGAGUACGAUGCCGACCCUAUCGGUAUCAACGCCAAGGCUAAGUACCUAUGUGACCCUGGCUUUAAGCUGGUCGGACCAGGAGUAAGAACGUGCGAGAGAGAUGGGUCUUGGAGUGGUAACAGUCCGAAUUGUGAAGCUAUUGACUAUUGUGCCAGUAAACCGUGUGGAAACGGAGGGUCUUGUUUGAAACAGGAACAAGGAUUCAUCUGCACCUGUAACGAAGGCUUCAGAGGAGAUAAAUGUGAAGAGCGUAUUCAAUGUAAUGAGGCACCAUCUCCCGUUAAUGGUUUCAAACUUGAGAGUGGGGCGGGUAACUUCGUAGGCAAUAUGGUGACGUUUGGAUGUAAUAAAGGCUUCAACUUGAAAGGAUCAGAGAAAAGGACGUGUCAAUCAACCGGAGAAUGGGAUGGCAUUGCAGCUACAUGUUCAAAGGAAGAUUUCUGCGGAGUUAUGCCGUGUGAGAACGGGGGAAAAUGUGUCAAUUCACAAGAAACCCCAGUUGGAUAUACCUGUACUUGUUUAGCUGGCUUUGAAGGCGAUAGAUGUCAGACGAAGACGAGUGUAUGUGCCUCCAAGCCUUGCAAAAACCAAGGGGAAUGCGUUGAAAUUGGCGAGCAAGACUUUAAGUGCACAUGCCCACGUGAUUAUGGAGGAACCCUCUGUGAAAUACAACUUCUCCCUUGUGAUCAUCACCCAUGCUUGAAUGGCGGCUCUUGUAUCAACACGCAAACCGGUGGAUUUGUUUGUAAAUGCCCGGAUGACCUACGUGGAGAACGAUGUGAGACAAGAUACAACCCGUGUAUGAGCUUCCCUUGCCUGCACGACGGGAAGUGUCUGGUCGGCAACUACCCCGAGGGUUUUAUAUGUGAAUGUCCUACAGGAUUCCAAGGGGUUCAUUGUGACUACAAUGUAGAUUUCUGCAAGGCAAAUCCAUGUCAAAAUGGCGGUAUCUGUAAAAGUGGUUUUGAUAGCUUCCAGUGCAUUUGUAGACCCGGCUAUGGUGGAGAGAUUUGUAGCACAGUCAUUGACCACUGUGCUGCUGGAGCUUGUUUGAACGGUGGCAUGUGCCAGAAUGGAGAGGACAGCUUCUUGUGUUCUUGCAAACCUGGUUUUCACGGCCAGCGUUGCGAAAAUGGAUUCACCUGUCCUGAUGAGUAUGGUACAUUCCCUGACCCUGCAGACUGUUCGCGCUACUUCCAUUGCUCAACACAGGUUGCUUACCACAAAAACUGCCCCGCUGGACUCCAUUUCAGCCCAAAAUUAUUGACUUGUGACUGGCCAAAUGAAGCUGGUUGCGAAUGAUCAUUAUUUAUAGGCCUUGUAUAUAUUAAUAACAAGAAAAAGAACAUAUGGAACAAAAUUGUGACAUCAAUGAAUACCCAUUCAUAUUUAUAUACUUAAGCGAUGAUUCUAUAAAAUUGUGUGCAUUGUUUGGAAUAUUGAAUAUUCUGCAUGCUUCCUAUUUGGCAGGUACCAAUAAUCUCUGUUUAAAUGAUCUAGAAAAGUCCCAUUCAUAUAUAUAGCCUAGCUGCCCAGUCCUAAGUCUGAGGUGACUUCCAGAUCCGUAUACAUACUGCGCUUUCGAUUCUACAUUUAUAGACUGCAGUUAAGAAUACUAAAUCUGAAGGAAUAAAGGCUGUCUUGAAUAAAAAUAGUGAUGUGUAUUUUACUCUGAGGAAUAGAAGAGAGAGAAAAUGUUGGAAACAAUCUACAUAAAUCAUGCCAAUGUUUUCGUUACAAUAAUAUUUAUAUUUUGAUUGGCAAAAUAUUGAAUAUUCUUGAAUAUUCAUUAAAAUUCCAUUUGGGCACGACGUCAAAAUGUGCUUCCUAAAUAGAUGUCUCCAUGAAUAUUUUCCCGUAUUAGAAAUCACAAGAAAAAUUGCAAAAAUAAAUGCAAUGGUUAUUUAUAAAAAUAUAUAUAAUUUAGUACUAUAUUACACGCUAUUUCCUAUUGCAGCAACUUAUUUCAUCCGUUGUAGUAACGUAUACUAGUCAACUAAUAUCCUAAGAUACUUAGCAGCAGUUAAGUGUUUUCUCAUACCCAUUAGACCGUCCCGAUGCGAUGCUCAUCACAUAUCUUGUUUUUUACCCUAUGAUGCUCUAACAGUAUUUGCUGGAUUCGAGGAUUUACAACGUGAAGACGCGAGACGGUUGUCAUACACGUCUUUUGAAUAUUAUACAUUUAGGAAUAAUUUUGGAGGACCUCCAUUACUAUGGCAUGGGAGGGUACACUUCUUGAUACUACUGUGCUA